AGAGGCUCUGUCUCUCGCUUCUCGGUCCAGAAUAGAUCUGUCGCCAGUUUAUAGGCCCGUCAUUAACAGCAGCAGGGCGGUCACAACACACUGACCUCCGUCAGCUGCUGUCAGCCUCCACUCCUUCACCAGUUCCUUCAACUGAAGCUUGUUGAGCAGGAGUUAGUAAAUGCGGAAUUAAUAUUGGUGAGACAAAUGCCUGAACCGGAAUGGAUAAACUUGGUGAAAUGUGGGUUUGGGAUGUACGAGAAGCGCGCCCUGCUGCUGUGUAGCUCCUGUUCGGUGAAUUACUAUGAUUACAGCGAGCUGUCAACCAGCUGCGACUGCUGCAGCCAAUCAACAGGGAUAUUUGGUCAGCGUUUGGAAGACACGGUGCAGUACGAGAGGAAGUUUGGCCCCCGGCUGGCACCCCUGCUGGUGGAGCAGUGUGUGGACUUCAUCAGGGAGAGAGGUUUGGAUGAGGAGGGUCUCUUCCGGAUGCCAGGGCAGGCCAACCUGGUGAAAGAGCUGCAGGAGGCCUUUGACUGCGGCGAUAAACCUCUGUUUGACAGUAAUACUGAAGUCCACACGGUGGCAUCCUUGCUGAAGCUGUAUCUGCGAGAGUUGCCUGAACCAGUCAUUCCCUUCUCCAAAUAUGAAGACUUUCUAACCUGUGCACAGCUUUUGGCCAAGAUGAGGAGGAGGUAUGGGAUCCAGGAGCUCGGAAGACAAGUCAGCACUCUACCUCUACCUAACUACAAUCUCCUCAAGUACAUAUGCAAAUUCCUUGAUGAGGUGCAGUCUCACUGUCAUGAGAACAAGAUGGGUGUUCAGAACCUCGCCACAGUAUUUGGACCAAAUAUCCUUCGACCCAAGAUGGAGGACCCGGUCACCAUCAUGGAAGGUACCUCUUUAGUCCAGCACCUGAUGACAAUCCUCAUCAGGGAACACAUACGAUUAUACUCAGGGAGGGACCAGGAGGGACCCACAGCACCCCAAACAGAGCUCCCUGUACAGGGGCAUCAGCUCCAGCAUCGUAGUCUGGGAGCAUGGAUCUCAGAGGAAGACCUCCAGAGCUGCCCAGUCUCCAACCCAGACCAAGAAAUGCACAGCAGUGCCUCAUCUCUAGAUGCAAAACUGUGUGCAGCUGUAACUCCCACCCAGACCCCUAACCUGAACCCUGGACCAAAACUGGGUCUCCGUCAGGGAAGUAGAGACAGUGGUCAGCCCAGCAAACAAGGCAAGGCCAUUCCUUCCUGGAAAUACUCCUUCAAAAGCUCGUCUGCGCCUCGCUCACAGCAACAAGCCACAGGGCAGCAGUGGGGUCUGUGGCUGAUGUUACUAGUGUGUCCUCGGGUGGGGAGGAAGUGGAGGUGGUGGAGGUGUAACUGGCUCAUGAAUGGUUUGUCCUCCUUAAGGGGGCACCGGCGCACCUCAUCAGGCGAGCGGUCUGCUCGUGAUCGAGACUCCACAGGAUCCUCGCAGAGACUGUCCACAUAUGAUAACGUCACCUCUUCCUCCAGCAUGGGGAGUGUUCCCAGUGUAGCUAGCACACCCUGGUCCACCUCCUCCUGUGAAAUCUCUGUCCCUGACUCGGCAAGCGACCCCUCUGCCAAUCAGAACUGUGGAGUCGUUAGUGACAGCGGGGAAAAGGGGGAGUGGAUUGAGAGCCAGCAGGAAAUAGACAAUGGAAGGGAUGGAGGGAUGACGACAGAGCCGAGUUCUGAGCAGGACAGCUGUGAAGCCAUGGAACUUUGCAGUAGCAGUGCAGCUUGUAGUGAAAAUGGAAACACAGCCGUGGCAGCCGGGGUGCCGUCAAUUAUCAUGUCUGAGGAUGGAGAUGGAACAAAUCUAACACUGAGCAGCCUGGUGGAGGGACUGAAGGAUGAGUUGAGGAAACAGAAGACGACAUACGAAACCAGGAUCCAAAAAUUGGAGGAGUCCAGCGCUGCUCUGUGUGCACAGAUGGAGCGUCUGGAACAAGAGAUGGAGCAGGAAAAGAAAAAGCAACGCAUGCUAGAGAUCAAACUCCGAAACUCGGAGCGGGCACGGGAGGAUGCAGAGAACCGCAACCGGCUUCUGGAGAAAGAGAUGGAGGAUUUCUUUUCUACACUAGGAGAUCUAGCAUUGGGAGCAAGGACUAGUGACAUUUGACACAGCGGGGCCACUUCACUAUGCGUGGCAGGAUUUUAAUUUGAGGGAUUUGGUCUCUCUCAAGGGCUCAUGUCCUCCUCGGGCGAAUGAAUGAAGAAGACAGAGCAACCGGCCAAACAAACUGGAGAUGAUAAAAGAAAUCCAGAAGAACCAAACGUCUUAGUGGGAGUGACUGUACUGUAGUCCGUGUCAGAAUCUUAACUGAGAACAAAGCAGCUCUGGCUGCACGCAUGCUUGAAAUGGAGCGUUCUUGUUGUUUCACUCCAUGAAGAGUCCAGGGUUUGUCUUGUGGAGGCAGUAUUUUAACAUUUCAGGUGCCUGUAUGUAAUGAUGUAAUGUGUAACUUCUUUGACAUUCUCUAGACUGGAGAGCACUGACUUCCUCAAACACUACUUGAUCACAACAUUACAUGAAUGGAUUUCUUACUUGAGAUCUAUUGGAGUCAUUACUGUUGAAUGCAGACAGCUGGCUGAUAUGUAUCUCUGAUAUUUAUCUUUAAGUACUAUGUUUAGCAAAAUCGAAUAUCUUACAGAGAGAGAUUUUAAAUUUGAUACCUCUUUCAUUAGCUCCACUCAGCAGCUUGUUAGCUUAGCUUAACAUAGAGUUAAAAAAAACAAUGGGAAACCAGUCUAGCACAAGUUAACACCCAGAGAUUACUUAUGCUACUGGUUGUUGUAGUUGUAUGAAGCAGUGAUUAGAACUACAAGCCUUUUUCUAUCAUGUUAAGCUAAGCUACAACAAACAGUUGUGUGUCCUGCAGAGAUUGGUAUCAUUUUUUCUCUAAGCAAGAAAUUAAAUGAAUGCAUUCCGUAACAUGUCACACAACACUUUUAACUGUCAGUUCAACCACAUUUAAAAAAACUAUUUUUCGUCUACCUGUUGCAAGCAAUGCAAAUUACCAAAACCAUCAACUUUAACAUUUCAAAGAAGAGAUUUAGCUGUGUUGGAUUUUUCAGCUUUGCUCCAAUUCGUAAAAAGAAAAUAUCAUGAUUUUAUUAGCUCGCUAACUGACGUCUAUAUGGAAAAAGAUUAGUGACACUGAAAAAAUAUUUGUUUUGGAGGGUGGGCGAGCAAAAAAUAAAUAAAUUCAAGUGUAAUUGUUUUUUAAAUUCUGGGAUUAGAAUUAGAAUUCUGACUUUAAUCUCAAAAUUCUGAGAAAAAUGUUAGAAAUUUGGAGG